AUGCGCGUCGGCGGUACAGUAUGUGCUGCCUUGCUGCGACCUGCUGACGCCGUUGACGCGCGGGAAUGUGCUGCGCAUUCCGCCCACGGUGCACAUUCCGCCGACGCUGCACAUUCCGCCGACGCUGCACAUUCCGCCGACGCUGCACAUUCCGCCGACGCUGCACAUUCCGCCGACGCUGCACAUUCCGCCGACGCUGCGCAUUCCGCCGACGCUGCACAUUCCGCCGACGCUGCGUAUUCCGCCGACGCUGCACAUUCCGCCGACGCUGCGCAUUCCGCCGACGCUGCGCAUUCCGCCGACGCUGCACAAUCCGCCGACACAGCAGAUUCCGCCGAUGCUGCAGGUUGCGAUGCUGGAGAGUCUAAUGCUGUAGGGUCCGACUCUGCACAUUCUGAUGCUGCACGUUGCGAUGUUGCGGAAUCCGACGUUGCAGCCGCAGUUUGCGAUUUGGCACAAUCGGCCGCUUUAGGCGUCACUUGA